GAGGAGCACUGGGGUCAGCCCACCCUGGAGAUGCUGAAGAGAAGGGACAUUCUGGCUAUUGUACUCAUCGUUCUGCCCUGGACUUUACUCAUCACAGUAUGGCACCACAGCACUCUGUCCCCGCUGCUCACUGCACACAAGGAGGACGGGAGCGACAGCCGCAGGGAUGCAAGUCCAGGCUCCGAUUCAAGGGAGUAUUGUUCCUCUGAGAGGGAUAUUGUAGAAGUUGUAAGGACUGAGUAUGUGUACACUCGGCCGCCGCCUUGGAUGGGCAACCUCCCCACCAUUCAUGUUAUCACCCCAACCUACAGUAGACCAGUCCAGAAAGCUGAACUCACCCGUCUGUCCAACACGUUACUGCAUGUGCCCAAUCUGCACUGGAUCCUGGUGGAGGACUCUCAGCGACGCACCCCUCUUGUUACCCGGCUGCUCCAGGAAUCUGGUCUCAACUACACCCAUCUUAAUGUGGAGACACCCCGUAAUUAUAAACUGAGGGGAGACACUCGGGACCCACGAAUACCCCGAGGGACUAUGCAGAGAAACCUUGCCCUGCGCUGGCUUAGAGAGACUUUUAACAAAAACAACAGUUUGCCUGGAGUUGUGUAUUUCGCGGAUGAUGAUAACACAUACAGCCUGGAUCUGUUUGAGGAGAUGCGGAAUACUAAGAAAGUGUCGGUGUGGCCGGUGGCGUUUGUCGGAGGGUUGCGAUACGAGUCGCCCAAAGUCAACGCGGCUGGAAAAGUGUACGGAUGGAAGACGGUGUUCGAUCCACACAGACCAUUCGCGAUAGACAUGGCAGGCUUUGCCGUCAACCUACGCCUCAUACUGCAGCGACCGCAGGCGUAUUUCAAGCUACGAGGAGUCAAAGGCGGUUACCAGGAGAGUAGUCUACUGAGAGAGCUGGUCACCCUCAAUGAUCUGGAGCCCAAAGCCGAUAAUUGCACUAAGAUCCUGGUCUGGCACACACGGACAGAGAAACCAGUGCUGGUGAAUGAGGGGAAGAAAGGCUUCACAGACCCCAAUGUGGAAAUCUGAACACACGUGCACCGGGGUUGUUUUCUUGGUUACCAAUCGCUGCCUGGGCCUCUUCCUAAGCCGUUGAACUAAGAAAGAAACUUUGGAGACAAGUUCUCCAGCACUGAUCGCCC